CCUGAAACGGCAGGCAGAGACAGAGGCAGCGGCAAGCAACUGCCGGCUUUGGACAAGUCCAAAGUCCACAGCAGCGGGCCUCGCCGUGGCCGGCCACCCAACUCCGUCUCCAAGCGCAAGGAAGAGAAACCAAGAACCAUGGCCACGGGCUCCUCCUCGCCGCCCACCAGUGAUUCGCCGGAGCUGACCCUCUCCGGCGAGAAGGUGUACGUCGCGGUGGGAAGGGAGGCGGCCGAGUGCAGGGCCACGCUGCUCUGGGCGCUGCACAAGUUCCACCAAGGCGCCGCCUCCUCCUUUGUGCUGCUCCAUGUUUACUCGCCUCCCAAGUUCCUCCCCGUCCUGGGUGCCAGGAUUCCUGCUGCCCAGGUGGAGGAGCAUGAGCUGAUUGCAUACAAGGAAAAGGAGCUGCAAAGAGUCAGUGACAGUUUAGAUCAGUACCUACUCUUAUGCGCGCAAGAAAAGGUACAAGCUGAGAAGUUGGUGGUUGAAUCGGAUGAUGUUGCGCAGGGACUAGUGGAGCUCAUUUCUGAGCAUCAUGUUACUGUGCUUGUCAUGGGGGCAGCUGCUGAUAAGAAGUAUACAAAGAAAAUGAAGAUCCUGAAGUCCAAGAAAGCACGAGUUGUAGAAAGGGAAGCAGACCCUUUCUGCAAAAUCUGGUUUAUUUGCAAAGGAACACUGGUUUACCCUAGGAAGGCUGUUCCCCUUAGCCAUGAAGAAAUGCAGGAAGGUAGUCAAAGCUCCAGGUUAACACUGUCUUCAGCGGAGAGAUCGGCAAGCUUGUCAGAAAUGUGGUGUGUUGCAAAUACAUGGCUACACAAAUCAAUCAUUGAACCACAGAUUGAAAGGACUACUUCAGACCUAUCGGACAAUAGGGGAGAGGAAAAUGUUAAAGCAACUAAUGAGUCUUACGAUAAUUUCCAGCAUAUCCUCAGGGAGUUAGAGAGUGUAAGAAGAGAAGCUUAUGAAGAGAAAUGCAGGCGUGAGGAAGCAGAAAGAGAGUUAUUUGCGGCUUCCCAGAGAGCACAAGCCUUCGAAAAUUCGUACUUCCGAGAACUGAAGCAAAAGAAUGAACUAAUAGAAAAGUUGAUGACGACAAUGGAAGAAGUUGAGAGUCUCAUUAAAAGGACUGAUGAACUUUGUGCAAAACUUCAAGAGGAACGCGAGCAAAGAAUGGCCAUGGAGAAGCGAGGUGCCCAUUCUGACCGCAUCAUUAAGGAUUUAAUGUUGCAGCGCGACAAAGCAUUAAGAGAGGCAGAAACACUACGCACAACGAAAAGAGAGUAUACUGCAACUGCAGAGGGGACGAUGCAUAUCACAGAGUUGUCCUACUCAGAGAUUACUGAAGCAACUAACAACUUUGACCGCUCACUGAAGAUAGGAGAAAGUGCAUAUGGAGGUGUAUACAAGGGGUUUCUUCGGCACACCAAUGUAGCUAUAAAGAAGUUGAAUCCUGAAAGCACACAGUCACAGUCGCAGUUCAAUCAAGAGGUGGAGAUUCUCAGCAGGGUGCGGCAUCCAAAUCUUGUAACUCUCAUGGGAACAUGCAAGGAUGCUCAAGCUCUUGUCUAUGAGUUCAUGCCCAAUGGAAACUUGGAUGACCGCCUGGCUUGCAAAGAUAAUUCCAAGCCUCUUAGUUGGCAGUUGCGUACCCUCAUCGCUUCUAAUAUUUGCUCUGCACUCAUUUUCCUCCAUUCCAACAAACCCCAUAGCGUUGUUCACAGUGACCUGAAAGCAUCUAACAUUCUUCUCGAUGGAAAUAAUGUAGCUAAACUCAGUGGUUUCGGUGUAUGCCGAAUGCUAACUGAUGAGUUUAAGACCACAACCACUCUAUAUCGUCAUACCCACCCAAAGGGCUCCUUUGUGUACAUUGAUCCUGAAUACCUUAUCUCUGGUGAUCUGACCCCCCGAUCUGAUGUAUAUUCUUUUGGCAUUGUACUCCUGCGCCUUUUGACUGGAAGAUCAGGAUUUGGUCUAUUGAAAGAUGUGCAACGGGCAGUGGAAAAGGGUUGUUUGCAAGCAAUAUUGGAUCCAUCCGCCAGGGAAUGGCCUGCUAUAUAUGCCGAGCAGUUGGCUCAGGUGGGUUUGAGAUGUUGUGAAAUCAGAAGAAAAAACCGUCCUGACCUGCAAACGGAGGUUUGGACUGUACUAGAACCAAUGUUGAAAUCUGCUUCUGUGACGCUAUGUUCAUUGUCAUUUAAAUCAGUAUCAGAAGACCUUGGUGGUGUGCCAUCCUACUUCAUAUGUCCGAUACUUCAGGAUGUCAUGAGGGACCCUCUAAUUGCUGCAGAUGGUUUUACAUAUGAAGCCGAGGCUAUAAGGGAAUGGCUGGACAGUGGCCACCGUACGUCACCCAUGACAAACCUUGAGCUACCCCACCGUGAUCUUUUGCCAAACCAUGCCCUCCGUUCUGCAAUUCAAGAAUGGCUGCAGACAAAUGCAGAAUAAUAUGUCUGCCUUCUCAUUAUGGAACUUAGAAAGAGGAUUAUUAUGUGCCCACGAGUUUCUGUGUUACAGCAGAUUAAUAGGCACUAGCACAAGAACAAACACAGACAAAAGAAACAAAAUACUUUCCUGUAUCUUCGAAAAGACAGACUAGAGCCAUACACACAUGUCUAUGUUUUUGGAGCAAGACUUGUACGUAAAAUGUAAUAUACUUGGAGCCAACUGUCCUUCAUCAGUGGCAUGCUUAAUGCUGCACAGAGAUUUAUAGAGUGAAAACUGUUUUGGUGCUCAGAUAGUUCUGAGCAGUGGCCAUGCA